UAUUGUGUGUCGUAUUUUAAAUUAUUAUGUUUAUAACAUUAUUGUCUGUGUACACCUUUCAGUUCAUCAAUGUAUUGAAUAAUAAUUUUGUGCCAACUGUUUAAUUAUCGAUAAAACAAUCUUGUGAGAAUUUAUAUUAUUGUACAUAAUUUAAAAAGCAUCUAAAGAAAUACUAAUAAAGAGCAUAAAAUAAAAUACUAUAAAUAAUAUUCAAUUAAAUUUUCUUAAAUGUAUUUUACAAUAUUUGAAUGGUGUUUUAUUAGUACAUAAUUUAAAUAAAUUUAAAUUAAAUUACGCAUUUACUGAUGGGUGAGUGAAUACAUAUUUACCUGAAUAAUAAUUGUAUAAUAAUUACUUCAUGUUUAUUAAUGUUUGUCAUAUAAAUGUUUAGUUAGUAAAUUAGAUAGGUAUGUGUUCAAAACAAAUUUAAAUGAUUUCUGUUGCAAAUUAAAAAUUGUUCUCUAUAUUAUUUUUGUUUUUUUAGUUUCUGUUAAUUUCUUUUAAUUCAUUUUAUGGAAGUCUAAUCUAAAUAUAUUCUGUUUGACAAAAAUCAUAUUAAUAUCUACCAUAAAUAUUAAACACAAAAAUGUUACACUCAGACCAUCAUUAUUGGCUGUGAUCCAACAUUCCUAACACUCAUUUUCGUAACCUUGCCAAAAUACAUAUUCUUAGGUAUGCUUAUUUAUAACAAGCAUUAUGAAGUUCACCAUAAUUUUUAUCAAUGAAUUUUUUUUGUUUUUGAGUAAAAUGGUCCCAUAUUACCUUUUAUUUUCAGUUUAAAUGUUUAAACUUUAAAUAUUUUAUUUCAUUUUGUUAUAGUUAAUGAAGUUUUUAUAGUGAAUGGAAAAUGACUUCGAACGAACCACUUCUAGUGCAAGCUGUAUAUUCCUUUAAAGGAAAAAAUAAUGAUGAGGUAAAAUAGUCCAUUAUUUUAGAGCUUGUGUUUAAUCCAAUUUCAUUUUAAUUACUGCUUGUUUAAUCCUGAUUUAUAUUUUUAUAAAUUAUCUAAUAAUUAUUAAUUUGCUUAAAUACCUACUCAUUUUGUCAUAAUAAUAUAUUUUCAUGUCUUAAAUCAUUUUAUAUCCCUUAGAGGAGACCUUGAACAAACAUUAUGGUAUGAUUUUAUAUUAUUUGUUUAUAAAUUGUAUACUCAUUUAUUUUGUGCAGAGUUUAAUGAUGUACCUAUAUAAAUGCAUGCAUGUAUUGAAAUAUGAGUUUUAAAUAUGUUUAUAAUCAGGGCUCAGAAGUAUUAGCAUUUCCAUAUUAUUAUUUUUGAUGACGCCUAAAACAUUCUCAGUAAAAAUCAGAUUUAUUUCAUAUUUCACUUACGUCAUUUACAAAAUUUGAGUUUACCAUUUUUUGAAUACUUAUAAGUUUUAACUUAUGAAGCUGUUUUGCUAAUUUAGAAUUUCAAGUUCUUUUAGAUACAUAUUUUUGUACAAUAUAAAGAAAAACACAUAUUGUUGAACAAACUAUAAUGGUAAAGCAGUCAUUCACUUUUUAAAAAUAAAAGUCGGACCAAAUAGUGUAAAAUGUUAAUAAAAACAAACUAUUUUGUUUUUCAAAUAAUAAAACUAAAAAAAUCUAAAGAGAACUAUUGCAUUGAUUGUUAUUACUGAUCACAUUUAAGAAUUCCAUUUGUUUCCAUUAGUUUAGAUAUUUUUUAAAUUGUAUCAUUAGUAUCGCUUACUGUAUUUACGUGGGGCACAGUAUUAUCUUUGUAUUAAUUAUGCACUAUAGUGAAAGAUUUUUAUUUCGCAUAUUUCCCAACUUUUAGUCCAUUUAUAGCCCCUUUUUUGUGUUUUAAGUACACAUUAAAGCAAUUAACUUUUUUAGAGCUAUAACUUCUAAGCUCUAUUUAUAAUAUUUAUUUAAUUUUAAUAUUUUGCAUUUGAAUUAUUAUAAUACUUAUUCACUGAUAUAAAUAUGUAUUCACUUUGAUAGCUAUGUUUGAAGAAAGGAGAUAUUGUAAUUGUGACCCAAAAAGAAGCUGGUGGAUGGUGGGAAGGCACACUCAAUGACAAAACUGGGUGGUUCCCAUCAAAUUAUGUCAGAGAAUAUAAACCUCAAGGUAAAACAUAAAUAUUAAAAUAUGAUUCAGAGCUAAAUAAUAAUAAUUAAUUGUAAUUCAGGAGAACACACUUCAAAUAUUAAAGUACCAACCAUACCUGUGGAUUUGACAGACCAAUUAAGAGCUAAUCGUGCUGUUGUUGUAAUGGAUAUUAUUGAAUCAGAAAAAGCUUAUGUCACUGAAUUAAUAACUCUUAUUCAAAAUUUUUUGAUUCCUCUGAAACAUUCAAACAUGUAAGUAUUAUAAUUUCAAUUGUUAUUCAAAUUCUGCAUCAAUUAAAAUUGGUUUCAUUGUUGUAGAAUGAAUAUUGAUGAAUAUAAUAAGUUAAUAAACAAUAUCGAAGAAAUCUCUAAAGUUCAUGAAGGAUUUUUACAAGCUUUGGAACAAAUUUCUGCACUACCACAAUCGGAUCAAAGAAUAGGAAAAUUAUUUCUUAACAAAGCAUCUCAUAUACGGGGAGUACAUUUAAAAUAUUGUGUUUCUCAUCCAAGAGCAGUUAACAUAAUUGAAAAAUAUAAGUUAGUAUAAUCCAUUGCUGCAAAUAUUACUUUGAUUUUGUUUAAUUUAUGUAUUUAAUUAUCUGGUUAAAUUGUAGAGAUGAAUUAAAUCAAAUAAUGGAAACUCAAGGAGCAGUCAGUCCAGGUAUAUUAGUAUUGACAGUAUCAUUAAGUAAACCUUUCCGAAGACUAGAAAAAUAUAAUGGAAUGUUACAAGAACUUGAGAGACAUUUAGAAGAAAAUCAUGUGGAUCGAGGUGAUACUCAACGAUCUGUCAGCAUUUAUAAAGAAAUUGCAGUAUGUUGAUUUUAAGUUCAUUGAUUAUAUAUAAUAUACAAAUAUUAUGUAUAAGGUACAGAAAUGAUUAGUGGACAUAUUACCUGGAUAAUGUAAACCUUAUUCAUGUAGUAUUAUGUAUACAUUAUCCUAGUAAUAUAUAUAUAUAUAUAUAUAUAUAUUAUAUACAUCUAAUCAGUUUGUACAUUAACCAAUGUGCUUUAGCUAAUUGGCUGAAAUAUUCAUAUUACAAUAAUAUUGUAAAUUGAAAAUGUUAGUUGAACACUACCAACUUCAAAUGGUUCAAUUAUACCUUUAGAGUCAUUCUAAUUGUAAAAACCAAACUAUGUAUUAGGGUAACAUUUCCCAACCUGGAGGGAAUUACUUCCCAAUGGGUAAACCAGGAUUUUUCGAGGAGUAAAGGCAAAAUUAAUUUUUAUUAUAUGUAACAUUCAGGAACGCUCAAACAUUUAAGUUAUUCAUUCUUUAUUAUCAAUAGUGAAGUGAUUAUAAAGUAGAAAAUGUGCAAAAAGAAUUAGAAUUAUUGCCUUUUAUUAAAAAAAACACAUACUUUAAAUAAUGGGUAGUUCACUGUUAUAGGCGAAAAGGUAGGAAGGAAACUUACUGUAUAUCUAUAAAUAGCGAUUAAACGUUGCUAACGAAAUUAAAAUGUCUAAAUAGGUUAAAAAUGGCUCACUUUUUUUGAAAAUGUUACCAUGUUUAGAAAAGGAAAAUAUGAUUUUUUUUCUCCAAAUUUCAAGUCUAUGAAUAUUUUAACUGAAUUGCAACAAAAAAACAAAAUUGAAAAUAAUACAUUUUGUAAAUUUUCCAUUUAUUAUGAUAAUUUCUGGUAGAAAAAUUGUUCAUAAAAAAAAAAAUAAACAUUGUAAAACAAAUACAUUCCUUGCCUCCCUCAGAAUUUAAAAAAAACUUUUGAAAUUUUAUAUUUGAACUUAUAUCAUAACAUAAACUUUUGUAGCGUUGGUCACAUGAUAUUUUUUUUUUACAUUUGGUCUUGCAUGAUAAACAUUUUCCACAAUACAAAAUAUUUUUAAAUGUGAUUACAAUUAAUUUUUCCUAAUAUGAAAUAUUAAAAAAAAAAAAAAAAUUAACUUACCAAUUGUAUAUAAUAUUUCCAGAAGUUAUUUUAUAUUGCAACUGCUUGUCUUUCCUGAUUAUAAUUAGGUCGAGCUUUUUUAAUAUAAUUAUUUGUCAUUUUUACUAUAUUCUGUUUCACAAAGGUGAAAAUCUGAGUGAGUGUUACAUAGUUGUCAUUAACAAUGCUGUUGGAAUGUUAUGUUAUAUAUGCGAAUGGUCGACCACUUGCUGAAUAUUUAACUGAAUGGGCUAAAGUUAUGGGAGAUGGCCUUUGUACCAUCUCCUGUGUACGUGAACCUUCUCUCAUGAAACUAUGUAUAUAUGUUUCUAUUUUUUGUCUGAAAAAAAAAACAUCAUCCGUGACUCUAAAAUUGUUUUCGUUCUUUUAUUGAGUUUUACCUAUAAGCUUAACUCCUGAUUUUUUUGUUACUUUAUCAUAACUGCAGUUUCUUACACAAACAUUUGGCCUCUAUUCAAUUUCAAUGCCAUAUUUUCAUUCUCAUGCAUGAUAGGAAUAUUCAGAAUCUGACCCAUUAAAAAUAUUACUGUUAGUACUGUUAGAACUUGCACUUGAAAUUUAUUGUUCUAUACCUGUAUUUCCAUCUGGUUCAUUUAUUUGAGUAUUAUUAUCAUUUAAACCACUUCCUAAUAAAUCAUUUCUUUUGGUACUAUCUAAUGGAUCUUUUAAAUGUAAAAUGAGUAAUUAAAUUUCAGACCUGCAAGGUAAAUAUUUUCCAAACUGUAAAAUUGUUUUCCACAACGUUCACUGUAGGAAAUUAAAUUUUUUUCGAUGAACUAAAUGUCAUAAUCAAAUAAUGGUAGAAUUUGAUGUUAUUCAAGAACUUAUCUUACAGACAAUGUCUGGAAUAAACAUAUUUAUAAACACACUGGAAGAUUAUUUACCUAUUUACCCCAACCCAACAGUGAAGGGAUAAUGGAAUACCAAAAAAAUAAGCAAAUGAACCCUAAUCAUUAGUUAUUAUUUUCCUCUCAAGUAUUUGGAAUUGACCACCUUAAUUGAAAAAAACUGUUAUAAAGUUGAACAGACACUUUCAAGAAUCAAAAAGAAUCACUAUUUGGAUUUGAAUACUAUAUAAAUUAAUUCUACUAUUUAUUUGAUUUUUCAGACUGUGUGUUUAUCAACAAGAAAGCAGAAAGAAUUAGAGUUAUCAAUUUUAAAUGGUGUUAUUCAUGGAUGGGAAGGAUCAGAUGCAUGCAAUUUAGGCGAUGCAGUUAAAAUUGGCUCUGUAGCAUUUGGUUUAGAACAUAAAGAUAGAUAUCUCAUUCUGUUUCAUACACAUCUUGUUAUUUUAUCUGUAUCUCGAAGGCUUAGUUCAUUUAUAUACGAAGUAAGUCAAUCAAAUAACUUUAUAUAUUUUAUGUGAAAUAUUAAUUUUUAUUUUCUUUAAGGGGAAACUCCCAUUAAGUGGGAUUUCUAUUACAAAAUUAGAUAAUGCUGGUUCCAUAAAAAAUGCUUUUGAAAUAUCUGGUAAGAAAUAUAUAAUAUUUUAUUAUAUAAAUAUUUAUGAAAUUAACUAAUCAUUAUUAUUUUUUAUGUCAAGGCCCUUUAAUAGAUCGUAUUUUGGUUAUCUGUCAAACUAAAGAAGAGCAAAUUGAUUGGAUACAAAAAAUUAAUAAGCAAUUGGAAAAUAAUUGUCCUAUAAUUAAUACUACAAAUAAUAAAUCAGUAAGUCAAAAUUCUAGUAGUCAACUGAGUGACUAUUUUGCUCAUUUAGUAUGUAAAGGUGUUAUUACUCGAUCACUUAUGAAAUUAAUUCUCUAUAGUCAUUAUAUUAAUAAUAUUGAUACAUCUAAAGUGGUUAGGCGAAAUGCUAAUGUAUCUAAUACUUGUAAAAACAACCUUUCGGAAAGAAUCCAGUUUGAAAAUGGAUCAGACAUUUCAACUAAUAAUAAUAUUACACUUCCAAGACAUUGUUCUUCAAUAGUUAUGAAAGAAGAUGGAAAAAUUGUUUAUGGGAAAAAACUAUUUUUCACUCCUACACAAGGAAAAGCCUGUCAAGAUUUAACUAUGUCAUCAUUAUAUAAAGAAGAUAUAAAUGAUAAUAAUUACCAAAAUUGUUUGAAUUAUGAAUCUGGUAAUGAAAAUCUAAAACCAAAAUAUUUAACGAUUCCAUUGUUAAAUGUUGAAAAUAGAAAUGAAAUACAUUUCGCAGACAACCGAGAUAGUACAUUUUCUCUCUGUGAUUUGAAAAUAUCUCACUGUUAUGAAAGUUGUGAUAACAACUGUGACAAUGACAAAGAUACAGAAAUAAGUGAAGACUUUCAGUAUUUUAUGUUUAAAGACCAUAAUAGUUUACGGUCUUCUGAUUCUGGUCUGGCUGAUAUUACAAUUCCAGUAACUCAACAAUCAUUGUUACUCCCCACAGAAACAUCUAGUAGCAAUUCUGAAAAUUUAUGUAAAUGUAAUUUAUCUUCACAUGUCAACUCGUGUAUUUUUGAAGAUGAAUCUUUAUCAUUAGACAAAACAUCAACACCAUAUGAAAAAAAUGUCACAUUUCGAUCUGAACUUUAUGCACAUUGGUGGCUGAAAAAAAAAUUACUGGGCAGUUGUGAUUCAGGCAAGAUAUAAUUUUAUGUGUGAAUGGAUACUAGCUGUAUUACACAAAUUAUACACUUUGAGACUAACAACUCACAAUUUUUAAUAUUUUUUUUUUGUUCGUUUACAAAUAUCCUUUUUCUUAAUUAUUUGUAUAUUAUUAAAAUAGUCUGUUUGUCUUUUUUUUUUUUUUUUUUUUUAUAAUAUAACAAAAUUUAUGCUUAUAUGAUCCAAUUAUUAAUAACAACUAACAAAAGUAAUGUGAUUGUUCCCCAAUUAGAGAAAUAUGUAAGGAAUACAAAUUAUUUUAAUUAUACAAGUUUAUAAUUAAAAUAUUAUAGUAUUUUUUUUUUUUAAAUAUUAUUUAUAUAUGAAAUGUGAGAUGAAAACAGAUGUAAAAUGUUUAUUUUAUAGUAAUUAUUAUGUUUGUUAUAUAAUAAGUUGUGUAAUUAAACAUUCUUAUUAAUUAUUUAAAAUAAUUAUAUUUUUUUUUUUAUGGGAUGUAAACUAAACUUAAAAACAAACCACAUUUUUUUUUUUUUUUUAUAAUUCUGAUUGUAUAUUGAAAUCAGUUUUAAAAGAAAACUGAUGGGGUACCGAUAAUUAACAUACCCUUGUCUUACUAUUAUGAUCUCUAUUUAAAAUUAAUUAGUUUAGAUAAACAUUUUAAAUACUUACUAAUACUAAAUAAACCAAUAAAUUAGAAUCUAUGUAAUUAAUAAAUUUCAAUCAUUUCUAUUUACAGAUGAUAAAAGGUAAUAUGAUGGCUUGGGAUGUAACAAAAUUGAGACCAAUUCCACCACAGCAGAUUUUUCAUCAUGUUAAUGAAAAAAAUAUUUCUGUUACACAAAAAUGUUAGUAUCUAUUUUUAAUGUUUUGUUAUAAUUUGUGGUUUUAAAUUUUUCUAUGUAUUAUAUAAAUAUUGGUAUAUUAUAUUAAUAUUUAUUAUUUUACUAAUUUAUUUUAGUUAUUAUUAUUAUUAUUAUUAUAUUGGGAACAUAGUUAUUGUGAUUAAAAGUCAACUGAUUAAGUCAAUUUAAUAUAUAGUAUUGUAUAAUUUUGUUUAGAAAAGUUCAACAUUUUCUAAACUAAAGUAUGUGUUUUUAUAUUUGUUUAGAUGACAGAACAUUUGAAGAUGAUGGAAAAGUAUUAAGUGUGUUUGAAGCAUUUUGCUCCAUUAAAAAAUCGCGACAUAUCAGUUCAAGUGAUCAUACCAUAUUAUCAUGAUAUUUUUUAUUGUUAUUUUAAUCAAAAUUAAAUUUUAUACUGUAACUAACUCUAAGAUUAUAUAUAUAUAUAUAUAUAUAUAUAUAAUAUCAUUGUUUAAUACAGAAAAUAUAUUAUAAUUAGUUUGUUUAAUUAUGUAUUUGUAAGGCUGAAUAUUGUUUAUAAUAAAUUAAUAAACGUUACAUAUUUACUAUCAGAAAUUGUAUUUCCCUUAUUUAAAUACUUGGUUGUAAGAAACAGCAAAGUAAGCUGAAUAUUGAACCUGUGUUAAGAAGGAAUAUAUAAAACAUUAUUUUGUAAUUUAAUUUUGAAAUAAUACAAUUUAUUAUUUAACACAUUUAAUGUAUUAACCUAAAACUAAGCUUAAAAAUUAGUUUAAUGUAUAGACAUUUUUAUUUUGUGAGUUUCAUAAUUUUUAUUUAGUAGUUAUAUUGUGGAUAAAAUUGUUAUACUAGAAAGAAAUGCUUUAAAAUUUGACAGGAGGUUUCAUUAUAAGUUUUACUUAGUGGUCAAAACAAAAUUGAGUGUAAAGUAGUAUUAUUGUAGUAGUAUUUUAAUUUUUAUAUACGAGUUGAAAUAAAAUUUUGUUGAAAAGCCAUAAAUAUCAUAAUAUGGCCUUUCUAAACAUGUAUAACCAAAUUUAUCUCAGAAUCAUUUUUCAUUAACAAUAGUUAUUGUUAGUUACAGAUUUAAAUUAAAUAACUUAAUACUUUAUGUACCCAGCCCCAGUAUCAGCUGUGUCUUUUUUAUAAUUUAUUUAGUUUGUAGGUAGGUAUAUUAUUUAUUUAUAGAUACCUAAUAGUUUUUCUUUUACAUAGAACUUGGAAUUUCAUACAAAUUAUUAUAAAUUACACAUUUUUAAAAAUGCUGC